AUGCAUUGUAUUCCCAUUUGGCUUCAUAAAAUACAAGAUAAAGAUAAAAUUCAACAAUGUAUUUACAGUAUUUGCUUCAAUAUUGAUGGUUCCCAAUUACUUAUAACGGCAGGUCAUGAUGUCUUUCUCUAUAGAUCUAUUGAUGGACAUCUUUUACAUACUUUAAAAGGACACAAAGAAAACGUUAUUUGUUUGACAAAUGCUAAAAAUGGCAAAUAUUUUGCUUCCGGCUCAGCAGAUAAAUCAGUUAUUCUUUGGUCAUCUAAAUUUGAACCAGUUGGAAAAUACAACCACAAUGACACAGUUCAGUGCAUGGAUUUCAAUUCAAUUACUCAUCACUUAGCAAGUUGCAGUUCUAUGGAAUUUGGAUUAUACUCCUUAGAACAAAAAUCUGUUCAAAAAUAUAAAAUCUCGUUUAAAAUAAAUACAUGUGCCUGGUCAACAGAUGGCCAAUCAUUAGCCCUUGGGUGUGAUAAUGGAUGUAUUUCCUUACGUAAUCGAAGCGGAGAAGAAGUUGCAAAUAUUGAGCUAUCUGAUGGACAAUCGGUUUGGGCAAUUGUGUGGUUAUCAUCUAGGUAUAAUGAAGAUGAAAUAUUAUGCAUUACUGAUUGGGGACAAAAAUAUCAUUAUAAUAAAAAUGGUUCUGAAACUUUAAAGAAUAAAAACAUACAUAUAGAAGCUUUAACAAUUAAAACCCUAAGUAAUGAUUCCUAUUUAUUAAUUGGUGGUUGUAAAGGAAAAUGCUCCAUAUUUUCUAUUGAUGGAAUAAGAUUGAGUGAAUUUGAAGACAAGCACAGUUGGAUUUGGGCCUCUUCUGUGCACCCACAUUCAAAAUAUGUAGCGUUAGGUUGUCAAGAUGGAACAUUAGCGUAUUACAAAAUCGAGUUCAGUGUAAUUCAUGGACUUUAUCAAGAAAAAUAUGCAUACAGGGAAAAUAUGACAGAUGUUGUUGUUCAAGAUUUAGUUACAAACAAAAAAGUGCGAAUAAAAUGCAGAGAUUUGAUUAAAAAAAUUGCAAUUUAUAGAGAUCGAUUAGCUGUUCAAUUACCAUCAAAAAUUGUGGUAUAUGAAUCAUCUUUAAUUCAAACAUCUGAAAUGCACUAUAGGAUCAAAGAAAAAUUAGCUGAAAAUGCUGUUUGUAAUCUACUUGUAGUUUGUUCAAAUAAUUUAGUUUUGUGUCAAGAAACAAGACUUCAAUGUUUAUCACUAGCUGGUAUAUAUGAACGUGAAUGGACAAUGAAUUCUGUUGUGAAAUAUUUAAAAGUUAUUGGAGGUUCUCCUGGCAAAGAACAAAUUUUAGUUGGAUUACAUAACGGACAAGUCUUAAUGUUACGCGUUAAUAGUUUAGUUGUGCAACAAUUAUUUAAUGUGACUAAAAGUGUCCGUUGUUUCGAUGUUAAUAUAUCAAUGGACAAAGCAGCUAUUGUUGAUGAUGAAAACGUGUGUUCAUUUUUUGAUAUGAAAUCAAAAAAGCUUCUUUUUCAAGAGUCUGAUAUUACAAGUGUGGUUUGGAAUUCAAAAUUUUCAGAGAUGGCAUGUUUUUCGGGUAAACAUAUAUUUAAUAUCAAAGUUGAUGAAUUUCCAGCUCAUCAGCAACGUAUCAUAGACAUGUUAAUUGGCAUGUGGGGUUCUAAAAUAUUUUCUCUAAAUGAUUCUAUAGUAUCUGUUAUUGAAGUUGCAUUAUCAGUUCCAUUAUAUCAAUAUUUAGAAAAAAAAUAUUUUAGCAAAGCAUAUCAAAUUGCCUGUCUUAAUGUCACUGAUACUGAUUGGAAAAUAUUAGCUAGAGAAGCCUUAGAUCAUUUUGAUUUCUUAAUUGCCAAGAAAGCUUUUGCUAAUAUUAAUGAAUUAAAAUACUUGGAGCUAAUUACACUAUACGAAAAAGAAGAAACAAAUGGUUCUCUGAUAUCCUCUUAA